AUGGUCACGACAAAACAAAUAAAAACAAUAGAUUACAGUGGCAGUAAAUUUACCGGUGAAGUUAACGAAAACGGUAAACCAGAUGGACAAGGAACUGAAUGGUGGCCUGAUGGUGAUCAUUAUGAAGGACAGUUUAAAUCAGCAAAGUAUGGAGGCCAUGGUGUUUAUUAUUAUGCACUAGGAAAAGAACAAAUUAAGUGCGAUGGUGAAUUUCGAAAUGGUGAACGAAAUGAACAUGGCAUUGAGUAUUAUUCUAAUGGUGACAGAUACGAUGGAAACUGGGUUAAUGGCUGUAGAGAAAGUCGAGGUACUCAUACAUUUAGGAGUGGAGAGUGGUACGAAGGUGAAUUUCAUCGUGAUAAGUACAAUGGCCAUGGCACCUACUAUUAUCCAAGUGGUAACAGGUAUGAUUGUAAAUAUUGUAUGAGUCAAUGA